UUCCCCUGCGAAAUCCAGACCAGGAGACAAACGUCUGAAUAUGAAAACGAUGUUUGUGUUGUGAUUGUCACCAUAUCCGGUUUUUACGUGCGAUGUUGUCAUAGCUUUUAAACGCCUACACCAUAAAUAAACCGAGUCAGAAAGGCGUUAACAGAUGAUAAUAAUAUUGGUGAUUUUCUAUGAGAUGACUGUAUUUUCUAUGAAAUUCCUUAUUUUUCAAAAAGAAAAAGAAAGAAACCCAAUAUUCCUUGUAUAUGUGUAAGGAAAUAUACAUGUAAAGGGUGUUUUAUUAGUUAUCUCAUUUUCAUAUUUUCUUUCAAUGUCAAUACACAACAGGCUACUUUCCAUACAUAUUUUAUUUCGAAACCACCAUGAUGUAACAGGAAGGGAAAAUACCUAAAGCAAGUCAUCACAGAUUUUUUCUGAUGAUGUCAUCAAAAGACAGCAGUCCCCCGGACACUCUCCACACGGGAGGAUGUCAUUGUGGUGCAGUAAGGUUUCAAGUUUUGGCACCGAAACGUCUUCAUGUGUACAACUGUAACUGUUCCAUCUGUAUGAAGAAGCAGAACAAGCACUUCGUAGUGCCGAAGUCAAAGUUUACUCUUCUGCAGGGCGAGGACAAUAUAACAACAUACACCUUCAACACGCGACAGGCUCAACACACGUUCUGUAAGACUUGUGGAGUACAGAGCUUUUAUACACCAAGAUCUAAUCCUGAUGGAUAUGGAGUGGCCCCACAUUGCCUGGAUCCUGGAACAGUAGAACACGUCACGGAGGAAGGAUUUGACGGACAGAACUGGGAAAAACAAAUCGAGGUCUCAGACAUUAGGUCAAAGUCCAAAGAGUGAUGUGUUGAUGACAUUCAUUGAACAAUAACAGGAUUCUCAAAUUUUUAAUUAAUUUUGUUACAUAUGUACUCUCAUUGUCGAAUAAUUGUUCUCAGCGUAAUUAUGUUAGGAUGCUUUCUGGGGAACUAAGGUUAUCACAAAUACAUGAUCUAAUUCCUGUGUAAGGGAUUCAGAAUUCACGAUUGCACGUAAGGGCACCAUGUCCAUGAACAUUGAUUUCACUUAAAGAGGUACUCUACAUCGUCAUAAGGGCUGAUUUCUUUUCAAACAUGGAUGAAAAUAUAAAUAUCACUGAUAUUUGUCUAUUCAUUUCAAAAUCAUCGCCUAGCUGUUAGUAGGUUAGCACAUCGAUUGUUGAACGAUCGCGGGAUCGAGUCCAGCAGGGGUUUUAAAAAAUUCAGAUUGAUUUCUACUAAAACUGCAUUUUUUAGCUAAAUACAGUAAAUUUGAAAGUUUUCAAUUUCAAAAUAUUGUAUAUACCCUCCACUUUUUAUCCAUAUCAAAUUUCUCUGGUGUAGCAUACCUCUUUAAGCCUUAAACUAACCCUUAAUUAUUGUCAACGAAACUCGAGUUGUCUAAACUACAGUAAAAUAGCAAUGCCUUAUUGCAGUUUCAUGGAUACAGGGGCUCUAAACCAAUUGAAAUAGAUGUUUAUGGACUUGCUCCUUUAAGUGUGAUCAUUGAGUUCUGAUUCCUCAAAACCGCAACGCCUUUUAUCAGUUUAUGUUUCCACAAAUUAUAUCAAUGAAAGGUGAAGAUAAUGAACAGUGAUCAAUCUCAUAACUCCUAUAAGCAAUACAAAAUAGCGAGUUGGGCAAACACGGACUCCUGGGUAUACAUGGAGUUAUCCGGAGUAAAUGGAGUUAUCCGUAGUCAGAAUCAGUGUGCCAAGAACGGCUUAACAAUCAGGAAGAAACACGUCAGACAGCAUUUAGAAAAUCUGUACCUGUUUACUAAAUGAUAGAACUAACUAUUAUGAAAUAUUGGAACUCGUUAAUGUUGACAGGUAUAAAAUUAGAUAAUGGCCAUUUGCAACUACUUCGAAAGUAACCAACUUGAAUAUUCAUAGUAUUUCUAAUAAGCAAGUCAAAAUAGCUCCUUUGGAAUACUUAUCUUGUUGGAUACCAAGUACACUGCAACAUGCUUUUGGAUCUUGUAAGUUUGUUGUAUACGAUUUGUUUUGUUUAUUUUAAUUCGUUUUUCUUCUGAAGUUACGGAUAAUAAAUAUAACGCUAAUAUA